AUGAAGAUCAAGGAUGCACGGACAUAUUGGACAGAGCUAUUCCGGGAGGUUGAUAACAUCUUCACGGAGUUCACGACCGCAGUUGGCCAAAGUAUCGGUGCGAUCGCUGGAUUCUGUGGGGACAUAUAUAAUGGACCGUAUGAUAGUUUAUGCAAUAACAGAUGUGCGGACAUUACGAAAAUCCUGCUGUACAUGAAAGGGUAUGAUUAUAAACAGGGAAAAUGGAAAAAGAGGGAAUUCUCCGAAAUGACGGAGGAGAAAUUUAGGGAAUAUUUAGAGUGCAUAGUAGCGAGUGAGGCUAUGUUACGACUGUAUGGACGGAAUAAAGACCACAGCGACAUUAUAACGCAAGUUUCCGAAAAGUUAGCAGGACAGGAAAAAGUUAUGAACCAGUUUUUCGAACGUGGAAUAUGUGAGAACAGAGAUUGGGGGAAGGUAAUAUUCCAAUCCAAGAGUAUGGGCACGGCCUUACAGAAUCGAUUAGAGCACUUAAGUAACAAUUGGGCAUCAACAAAUGUAGGGCGGGGGUAUACAGCGUCAGGGAAAUGUGGAUGGCAGGAUACAGACGCGACAGAUGCGGACCAGGAGCCUAAGAAUGAACAGAAAUGUAAUGAAACGGAACACGUGUUACCACAGGAGGAUGAGCUCAUGAAGCAAAUAAAGCAAUGGGUGGACACAGCUGACACCUUUGAGCACGUGAAGAAGGUGUUAGACGACAUACGGAUAACAGGGGGAUCCACGGCGCGCUGUGACAUAGAGAACAAGAUAAAGGCACAGGUCAAGGCAGUCAAGGACAAAGUGCAUCCACGUAACACUGCCGCCGCUAAACCUGCCCCGGCCAAACGAGUACCUGCCAAGCCGGUCAACACCGGAGCAGCACCACCCAAACCAGUAGCGGCGAAACCGGCAUCACCACCGUCAUCGGGAAGUGGCAUGACGACGACAUCAUCUGGUGGUGGCACUGGUAAGCCUGGUGCUCCCGGAGAGAACGGGACGAAGGCCGCAACCGGACAAAAUUGUGAUUGGAGUAGUAUAUUGGACGAGAAGAGGAAGCAAGUGUACGUGCUGGGUAAAUAUGGCAAGGAAGAACUGGAAAGAAUGAAGGACGUGUUGCAUGAUUUUAUGGAUUACAUGGAAGAUCCAUACGGCACGGUGGAUGCCUUAGGGGCGAAUUGUUAUAAUACAGGUUGGAACGAUAUAGACCAGGACGACAUCUAUUACAAGGAGCAAACAGUAGCGGACGUAGUACGGUGCAGACUCCUGACACGAGCAUUGUGGUUUGCGAACGGUGACAACACACAACACAAGAACGCGAACGGGGGAAGUGCGCAUAUGAGUGCAGACGAGGAGAGACUGAGAUGCGACGUAGUUAACGCUUUUGGGUAUAUACUGCACCACAAGUAUUGUGCACAUAAGACAGCCUGGACAAGAGGCAUAAAGUAUGCCUGGAAAACAGUGAAAUCCAUGGGAGACCCUGGAGGAAUUAAGGGAGCAGACAGAGGUCCUGUAAUUGACGCAAGGUGCACAGAAUGUGGCUAUGACAUUAAGAACCCGGUAGUGAGAGUAGUAAACGGACACAUGGCACAGUUGUUAAUACAUGAGGGGAACCUAAUGCACAAAAUAGGACAAUUGGAGCGUACCGCGCACUGCGCUAUGCAGUGGAAGGACUAUAAGUCGGGUCCGGGGAGGACUGAUGGCAACGGAAACGUGGACUGGAAAAAUAUCCCUGAAGUAACAAAAACGGAAAAGGAGAUAGUACAAAAAACGCAGGCGGCAAUUCAGGAAGUGACAGCAAAAAUAGACGAAGAAAUUGAAAAAAAGAAAAGUGAACAAGAUAAAGGUAAAGAUACGAAUACGACUCGUAAGAAUACGCAUAUACGGCCGAUACCGCUGAUACGGAUACGACCGCAUAGGGCCCAAUACGAAUGGCACGACUGA